ACACCUAAACGUAUUUGCUCUCAGACCUGAACAAAGAAAUGGCGCUCGCUUUGGCCUCUUGUGUUUGCAGGUGCACGUUUUGAAUUCAGGGAGUUGUGGCGUCUGUUGUCGCUGAAUUACAGGUUUAUUGCUGUAACAGGCUGUGGUUUGGUAGAAGAGUAGACGUGAAUUAAACGUGAUUCUAUGAAUAAAGAUAGUAAAAGAACUACCAUAGAUAAAAGCGUUUGGAGGUGGAGGAGGUGUCUCCAAGGGAAUGAUUGUUAAUGUCUUAAAUGUGCUUCUUAGUGCUGUGCCCCAUUUGAAGUGAAUUGAUAAACGUGAUGUUGAAGUGAUAGAAGCCAAAGAAGUUGUCUGUUGUGAUUGUGGCAGUGCUGGGGUAAUGCUGACAUUUUUCCAAAAUGUCCUGAACACAAGCAAGAGAACAGGGAAAAUUUGAAACUUUUGGGGAAACAGGAAAAGAUCAAGGACAUAGUAACAGAAGGAAAGAGAAAAGUCCCUUUGUUUACAGAAAUUGGAUACUGACACUAAAAGCGAUAUACGCUCAUUUUGGUCUGUAGAGAUAUUCUUAAAUUCAGGGAGAAUAUCAGGGGCUCCCAUAUCUCAAGGUCAGAUUUACUGUUCAAGAUUUACUGUUUAAGAUUUACAUGCAUGACAUUUUAUUAUUUGGAGUUAAUUGUUGUGAUGGUGGUAUGAAAUUAAUUUGGCACUUUGUAAGGACACCUUUGUUUCAAACAUAAUAAUUUGUUAAAUAUAUGAUAGAAAGUGCUGUGGAGUUAAACCUGUUUAAACAGAUUGAGUCAGUAUUUCAGUCAGCAUAAGUGUAUCAGCGCAGGUACUAAAACUUCACCUGUUGUAAAAUAUUAACCUCAUGUUACUUCUGCAGCAUAUGCAGGAACAGAUUUUUGUGUAUUUUGUGAUUAUUAUACAUUUAUUACUCUUUGUGGAUUUGGGCAUAGUUCUUGCACUAAAAAUAUUACAUAUUCUAGCUAUUAAGACUUAAGAUUGACUCUAGCAAAAGUAACAUAGGAAAUUUGAUUGCUGUGGGUUGUCUAAGCCAAUUCCUUUUUUUCCCCAACUUUCUUCCUUUUAUUUUCCAAGCUUUUCUUAUAUAAAUAAAAUGUAAAGGCAGUAACACUGGCUAAUACGUAAAAUGAUAGAUAUAUGUAAGUGGUAGAAACAGGAAUUGUUGCUUUUGCCUGGCCUAAAUUGCCUUGGUUUUCAGUGCUUGACUAAUAUAACUAUACUUUAUUUGAACUUCAUUGUGCAAUGGUUAAGAUGCAAUCUUGAACAGUGGGCUAAAGAGCAUGGCUCUUUUACAGUCCCUCCUGAUUAGUCCUGUGUGUUAAAAGAGGCAAGAUAAUAUCUGGAUUGUGUAAGGAAGUUGCAGUGUGCUUGUCUUAAAUCGUUUUCCUACCUGUAAAAUAGGGAAAUUCAGUGUAUUGCAUCAAAGAUAGGUCAGAAGAUUAAAUUCUUUCAUAUGUCUGAAGCAGUCAGAUGUUACCUUCAUGGAGACCAUAUUACUGUCAAGAAGAUUCAUGCUUGCAUUGGAUUGCUUCUACGUUCGGAACUUUGAAUGUCAGUGGCUGCUUACUGUAUAUUUUGCUAUAGACAAAUAGGAACUUCUGGUCCAACCACCAAAAAACACGUACCAUGGAAUUAUAUCAGAAAAAUUGCAAAGGUAACUGGAUCGCUUAUGCUAGGAGGUUUUGUAUUCAUUACAUAUGAAGUCCUCUCCUUAAAGAAGUUACUGCAACUUGAUACUCAAGCUAUAAAUCAAGAAAAACUUAAAUCCUAUGUGUAUGUACAUACAACUUCUCUAAAUCCAAGUGAAUAUCAAGGUAUCACAUACCAAGCCAGAAAAGAAAUCCAUAAAGCAGUGAGGAAAAUUCUGGAAACAGAAGCUAAAAUUUUCCGGAGACCUUUUAAUGAACAGUUCAGUACAUUUGAUGUAGAAGAUCAUGAAUGUGCCUUAUGGCUGCUCCUAAGGAGAUGUCAGUCAGAAGACAAAGAGGUCCGACUGCAGGCUGUACAGGACCUGGCACACAACACUCACUGGCAUGGUUAUCAGUACAGUACAGUUGCCCAAACCUGUGAUCAGAGGACUGCUAUAGGUUUGGCUCGAUCCAAAGAUAUCGACCUUCGCUUUUUCCUGCCUCCACCACUGCCAAGAAUAAAGAAUGAUUAUAUCAUAGGAGAUGAACUUCGCUCGUUAUUAGUGUCUUUACCUCAGACUGAUCUUGAUCCAUGUGUUCAGUACUUCACAUCUCUUGCUUUACGCGAAAGUAGUCAGAUUCUCGCUGCACAACGAGGCGGCUUAUGGUGUUUUGGAGGAAGUGGACUUCCAUAUUGUGAAACACUGAGUAAAAUCCCUUCAGAGACAGUGGAACUCUUUUGCUUGCAAGCUUUAGUACAACAUUCUAAGGUUUCUUCUCACUGUGAUAAAAUUGAAGCUAAAGGAGGCCUUCAGCUACUGCAGAGGAUAUACCAGCAACGUAAAGAUUCAGCAAAAAUACAAAGGAACAUAAUUCGCAUUAUUGGAAAUAUGGCUUUGGAUGAACGUCUUCAUUCAUCCAUAGUACGUGCAGGUUGGGUUUCUGUACUUGCUGAAGCAAUGAAAUCCCCACAUGUCAUUCAGUCUUCUCAUGCAUCCAGAGCUUUGGCUAAUCUAGACAGAGACACAGUGCAAGAAAAGUACUCAGAUGGUGUUUAUAUCUUGCAUCCACAAUAUCGUAGCAGUCAGCCCAUCAGAGCAGACAUCCUUUUUGUUCAUGGUCUUUUGGGAGCAGCAUUUAAAACCUGGCGACAGCAAGACGUUGACCGACGUUUGGAUAAAAAGGCUUCAGAAGGAGAAGAGGACUAUACCCAGUGCUGGCCAAAGACAUGGCUGGCUUCAGAUUGUCCUGCCCUUAGAAUCAUAUCUGUGGAGUAUGACACCCAUUGGAGUGACUGGAAAGCAAAAUGUCCUGUUGAGGCUCACAGGAAGUCUAUUGCUUACAGGAGCAAUGAGCUUCUUGACAAGCUCAGAGCUGCUGGGAUUGGAGACAGACCUCUGGUGUGGGUAUCACACAGCAUGGGUGGUCUUCUAGUCAAAAAGAUGCUGGUGGAUGCUUCCAAGAACCCAGAGAUGGAUAAAAUUGUAAACAACACCAGAGGAAUCAUAUUUUAUAGCGUACCUCACCAUGGUUCCCAGUUGGCUGAAUAUUCUAUAAAUGCCAGAUAUCUUAUCUUUCCGUCUGUGGAGGUUAAAGAACUCAGCAAGGAUUCUCCUGCCCUUAAAGAGCUGAAUGAUGACUUCCUGUCUUUUGCCAAGGAUAAGAAAUUUUCAGUGCUGAGUUUUGCAGAAACCUUACCAACACAUAUAGGCAGCAUGAUAAAACUACAUGUUGUACCCCUGGAAUCGGCAAAGUUAGGAAUCGGAGACCUUAUUCCAGUGGAUGUUAAUCAUCUAAAUAUUUGUAAGCCAAAGAAGAAGGAUGCUUUCCUGUACCAACGUACACUGAAGUUCAUUCAGGAUGUUUUAGCCCAAGAACUUGGAGACUGAGUUUUUGCCAUCAUUGGCUGCCUAUUUCCUCCAUUUGGUGUAACACAGUAAACUCUUCUCCUAACAUUUGUUAGGAGAUCUGCAGAACUACAAAGAUGCUGUGUCAAUAGUGUCUGCUGCUAAAAUAAUUUUUAGUACAUCUCCAACUUAAACACCUCUCUAACUUAUUUUUUUUAAUGUAUAUUAGAAUUAAUUCCUAUAAACCUGGCAAAGCAAAAAUGAGCGUUGGCUUAGUGACCAUGAUCUGUCAACAAAAUGUGUGUAAAUUUUCAAGCCAUUUGGCUGGGAGAGGAUGGGGAUUCAGUGGAACAGAAGUUUCACUUAAUCUACAGAUAUCCCUCUGGAGCAACACAGCUGGAUUAUGGAGAAUGCCCAGGAUAUCUUUGUUUAAAGAAAAAAAAAAGCUUGCUCUGGAGUUAGGUGGCCUCAUUAAGGUAAAUACACAUCUGGGACUACUGGGGAUCAGAAACAAUUAACUGAGGUAGUUAUUUGUUGUGUCAAAAGGGAGAAGGAACAUGUAGCUGCUUCAAAGCUUUGGCUUACUGCCCAUGUUAAGUAUUCUCACUGGAGCCUGAGGAAAUUUGUCCAGGUGAAUGAAGGUGGCAUUGUGCUCUAGUGGCCCAGUUACAGGGGUUUGUGAUUUGCCUUUUUAAUAGAGCACCCACAUUUACCAGCAAAUACAGCAUCUGUGUUCUGCAUGAGAAAGAGGUUGGUAGGUUGUCUUCCACAGAUGUGUUACUCAUUUAGAAACUGUGGCCGAUCUACAGCUGAUAUGAAGAAGAGCAUUGAAAAUGCUCAGGUGGAGUAAGACAAAUGUAGGCCCUGACAGGAAUGCUGAUGCUUAGAGUUUGGAGCUCAGGUAAAGAAAAAGUAAAGCAGGAAAGAAAUCAGGUGAUCAUAAGGUCCCACUGGAAAUGCAGAAGAUCCCAGAUGUUUUGGUUUAUUGAGGCCCAGGUGUAUUUAUUGGUGUACAUACAGAGAAAAACAGCAGUGUUGUCUUAUUUUUUAUGUUUAUUAACAGUACUGAUGAGAAAUAAGUAUUUUGGGAAAAAAAAUGGCAGCACUCAGUCACUUUUUUAAAAGUCUUAGCAUAGUUUGCAAUGUAGUUACAAGCAGCCUAGUCUAAUUGUGGUCUCUUUCUUUUCUUCCUUUCUUUCUGCCCCCAACCAUUUCUGAGAACAGUCAUGGGCUAUGAUUAGGCUAUACAGCCCUAGCUGACCAGUUGUUAAAUAAAGCCUGUAUUGAUGACAGGCUUAAGAUGUCUUUUAGCAUUGCUUAUGUGAGAUGGAUCUAAUAUUUCUGGCCUUGAAAUUAUGGCUAUGAGAGCUGCCAAGGAGGUAGCAUGUGCCUUGCAGCUCUGCAUGGGGCUGGUGCAGGCACCAGUGGCCAUUGCAGUCCUGCCAUGUCCUGAGGCCACCUCAGCUGUCCCGUCUGAGAGCACUCCAGCCCAGGAGGACACAACUGAAAAUGUAUUUCUGGAGUUUGAGCCUUGACCUGCUGGAGCCGCGAAGUAAAAUUCACAAGAGUAGUACAGAGAAUGUACAGCACUACACUAGCAAAAAGAGCAAUUUUCCCCCUAACCAAGAUGUAGGUAAGAACACUGAGUGGCAGUAUUUCAGGUAGAAAAUUUAAGGGAACUGUCGUAACUUCUAAAGAGGUUUAUGCUUUUUACACUGUGGUUUAAACUUCAGAGUGUAAAUAUAUCAGAACACUUUGUAUUCACAAAGUAGAGGGUAUGUGGGAUUCAUUGUGAAUAGACAAAACUUCUAAUAACUGAAGCUGUGUUUAGUGUAACAAUUUUUUUAUUGAUUUUAAUAGACUUUGGCUUACAGGGAUUCAGAUCAAUGACAGUAUGCACUGACCUCAGUAAACGCAUCUAUGUUUUCUUACUGUAACUGGAACUCUUAAGGCAACUUUCUCCUUUUUGUUACUGUAUGUGUAACUUGAAAACUAAUAUUUGGAGGGAGUUGUUGGGUUUAGGGUUUUUUUGGAAUAUAGUAAUGAAAUGCGUUUUUUAAAAUGUACUAGAUAUGCCACAAAAUGUAUUAAAGGUGAUCGAUCUGCCAAAUGAA